AUGCGUCUAUUGCCUUUCGAAAAAGGUUUAAGCAACAUAUUGACAGAUUUGAUGACAGGAACAAAUAUGAAAUUUUUAUUGGAAAGCGUUACGGGACAAUCGUCAGAAAAAAUUCAAACAUUUGACAAAUUAACAACAGAACAAAUUCGGACGAGAUGUGACUGGGCAGUGAAAGAAUUAAAAGAAAAUCAAAUAAUUCCAGAUGACAUUCAAGUCGAUACACGUCUAUUUGCAGUUCGAAGCGCUAAACAUGUGUUUGACCUUCUCUGGCGUCUUGUUCAGCACGAUAUAUGGUUUAUUUGGGAACGUAUAGAUUUUUUAUUACAAGACGACAUAAAUGCAUUAUUAGAAGUACCACUAAAAUGGGUUCCAUCUAAAUCAUCAAUAGAAGAAAAUACAAAUCAAACAGGAGACGGUGAUAUUUCUCUUAUGGCUGGUUUUGGUUUAAAAACAGCCGUUACAGAAAUUUUGAACAAUAAAACAAACGCCGAUGAAAUGGCCAUUGGUGCUUUCAUGUGCUAUUUUUUUAUGAUGUUUUUCAAAUAUCGACAAUGUGAUGCAGCGAUCACUCGAGCUGAUGAACUUCGUCGAUGUCAUUUAUAUGCUAAACGAAAACUACAAGAGAAACCGGAUACAUAUGAACAAGAAAUGAUCGAAAGAGAAAUUACAGCAUCUGCAAACGAAUUAAAUCAACUUCGAACAAAAUUUAAUUUACGUAGCUGUUUAAAAUGGCGUGAGCAUAUCGAUCAAACGAAAAGUAAGGUUUAUAAUAUUAUCGCUAACAAAAUGAGUGUUCGAUUUGAUUGGUUCGAUAUUACGGAAGAAAUGUCAAUUAAGGAAAUUUGUCAUAAAAAAGCCGUCAAUUUGGUUCUAACAGAUGGUUUUGCCUUCUAUAAAGUGUUAAAACAAGAAAUAGUGACAUCUGAAAGAAAAUUUAUUUUAAUUAAUAAACAAACUCGACAAAUCAUUGUUGACAAAUCAAUAUGUGAAACCAAUGUACGUGCGAUACUCUCAGUGGCAGCUGUUGGUGAAAAUGCUGAAGUUAAAGCCGAAAGAUAUCCACAAUAUGAGGUUUAUGUUAAUGCACCAUCUGCAAAUAAAGUUUUACCAGAAAAAUCAAUAUUUUUAUAUCAAAUAUUUCCGAAUUCAAUAAAAGUUUAUCAUGGUUUUAUUAUAAAAGCAUGCAUGGUUGGACAUUUAGAAGUUAUUCAACAUUUAGUGGAAUUCUUUCGCAUAUUAUAUCCAAAUUUCAUUAAUAUGCAAGACUCAAAUACAGGAAACACGGCUUUGCAUAUUGCUUGUCGAUAUAAUCAAGCGACCGUUGGUCAAUAUUGCUUAGAUAACGGAGCAGACGUUGACAGCAUUAAUAAAGAUGGGAAUACACCAUUAUUUUUGGCUGCAGAGGCAAUGUCGAAACAAUGUGCAAAGUUAUUGUUGGAAUAUGGUGCAGAUGUUACAAUCGUCAAUAAUCGGAAAAAGACAAUCUUUGAAGCUUGUGUGGGUGAUGAAUUUCGACAGAUUUUAACGCAUGUUUGCUCAUUUAUAACGUCUGUUGUACCUCCAUUAACUAAAGGCGACACUGAAGUUCUUGAAGCAGUGAUUCAGGAUCAUAUUGAAAAUAAAUAUACAUUGAGUUCAUUAAACAGCAGAUUUAUAAAUGGAUCAACUCUUUUACAUACGGCAUGUUAUUUUAAAAAUCUACCAGUAGUAACACGUUUAUUAAAUAUGGGAAUGAAUCCCGAUGUCAGAGAUUAUAAAGGACAAACAACAUUGCACAGAACCAAAGAUCCAAAACUGUUAAAGUUUUUAAUCGAGUCAAAUGCGACUAUUGAUGCUCCCGAUCAUGAUGGAAAUACCCCAUUGCAUAUUAAAUGCUUAGGUGAAACGGGUAAACCAAGUGAAUUGAAAACAAUAAAAAUAUUACAUGAAUACGGAGCAGAAUUGUGUAAGCGUAAUUAUAAAUCGAAAAUGCCAUUCCAUCUAGCUGCUGAAAAUGGGCAAACAGAUGCGCUUAAAUUAUUGCUUCUACUCGGUGAGAAAGACAUUCGUGAAUCAAUUGCAUCUGAGACAGCAGAAUCUGUACCAUCGACACUUACACUCGCGUUACGUGCAGGACAUUUGGACACAGCAGUCUACCUAGCUGAAAAUGACUUUCAAUUUAAAAACGAUGAGCCAAAAAUAUUGAUGAAUGAAAUCUUAACGGAAAAAAUUCCGACAUCAGAACCUGAGCGUAUUUUGAAAUUUUUGUGUGAAAAAGGGGGUGCAAACUUAUCCAUGAUGUACGAUGGCGGCGACACAGCGUUGCACUUGGCAGCGGCAAUGGCAUCAACAGAGCCUUUGAAAUUGCUAAUACAAGCGGGUGCAGAUGUGAGUACAGUCAAUAAUUCGAAAGAAACUCCGUUAUUUAUAGCUACGCGAACAAACAAUAUGGAUGCAGCAGAAAUAUUAAUUAGAAAUGGUAUUGAUUAUCGGCAAAAAAAUGCUCAAGGUUUGACGGCAUUUGAUUAUAUUAUGGAUAUUGAUGAAUGGCUAGCAACAAAUAGAUUUGACGAAGAAACGAGAGCUCGUUUGAAAGCAUAUAAAUUCAAGGAUAUUCGAAAUCUGAUGUAUAACGUAUCGACAAAAUUAAUGCGUUUUGAAGGUAGUCCACUUCAAAAUCAAAACAAUCAAUUAAGAAAAAAUUUUCUACGACUAAAUAGUGAACAAGAACUUACUGAAUUUGUCGUAUCAGAUUCACCACGUUUGAAAAAAGUUUCUUAUCAUCCUCACUAUUUUAAUUAA